CUAUAUGAAUGGAAUUGAUGAUCGAUCAUUUCAACUUAACGGAUGGAUAUUAUUCUUAAAUUUUAUUAUUCAAUUAAUAUCUACAUCAAAAAUAAAUUUCUUCAAUAAUGAAUCAUGUUGUUUCAACCAUCCAGCAUGGUGUUCACAACGUUCUAAUCAUCAUGAUAUUCCUAAUAAUGAUGAUAUUUGUUCAUCUGAUUUUCUUUGUAAACGUUUAUCUGGAAUUUUAAAUGAACUCAGAAAUGCAAUAAUGGUAAGAUUAAAAAAGAAGAAAAUAAAUUUAACUGAGGAAAAAAUUGUACAACUUAAAAAACUAUGCACUUUUAUAGAAUGCCUAUGUUGUAUUCUUGAAGCAUGGAUGAUUAGUACUCAUUCAGUUGGAUUGUUGAAUUUAGAGAGAUUAAGUUGUUUAACACCAUCAAAUGAAUCUUCUGACGGUGCCAGAACUGAGGACAUUACAAAUAUGGAAGAGGGUAGUUCAAAAGAAUUGAAACAAUAUACCUUUGUUACUCAAGAUAAAUCAGUUGAUAAUACAAAUCCAACAGCUUCUAUAAUUUCUUCUCUUCUUAUACGAUUGAAAUCUAUUACAUUAAUUGAAGCUUAUCAAUAUUUGUGCCUUCAAUUUUGGACUGAUCUUAAACCAUAUGUUAAACAAAUUUUACAAAAUUCUUCAUUUACAUCACAAUUAUCGUCGUUACGAAUAUAA